AUGGUUACCUCCACGCCAAGUACCACGACCCACAAGACCGAGAAUGCCAAGAACCCCUUCGAACUAUCAAGACCGCAGGACCACGCGGAUGACUACCGCACCGGAAUGUCAAGUACCUCUGCCGAAGACUCCCACCGAAGACACGUGUACGACUACUACAUAAACGAGUACCGAACGAAUCACCAAGACCUACGAGAACGACUUCGUGGACCGACAAGUACCAUGACGUCCGUCGAUCGCCAAGUACCCCUUCGGAUACGCAAGUUCCUCGAAGGUCCACCGAGGCCUAGUACGACUACAGGACCGGAACGAAGUACCACGAUGACCAUUGACAUGUACCACUACACCACACCAAAACGUCAAGACCGUCCCGGAUAUUGCCAAGUACCACUUCGGUUUCGAAACGCGACGAGUACCACGACUACCCACGAGGACCUUGGUUCCAUCAAGUUCGACUACCACGUGUGUACAACUACCGCCGCCGUGAGUUUCGACAAGACGUCGUGUGGCUCUAUUUCUACUACCGUCCCGGUGAUCACAGAUGAAUGA